AGAAUUAUAAGGCAAAGUAGGAAUUGAAGACGAGCUGCGCAUGAUCUUUUGUAGGGAAGUACCCAGAGAGAAACCAGGUUUGGGAUCAAAACGGUACGAGAUUACCUUCUCGUAUUAAGUUUUAUGAAAAAUAAUUAGCAAGCAUUGUACUUUAAAUCCAUCGUUAUCUAAUAUCAACGUAAAUCUUUAUUAUCAUAUGUCGCAGCUAUCAUAAACACAAGAGGAUUAUAAAGCAUAGUGAUAUUACAUAAGAGGAAGCUUUUAGAUAUGGAUCAGUGGUCAUAUCAACUCCCGGUAACAUACCAGACAAACACUCACAAUUGGCAUGGUUUAGAAAAUUUGUCUAGUCAUCAGGAAGAUCAAUCAAUGAAUGAUAUAGAAGACAUUUUAGAUUACAUUUCAGCUUCUCCAGAGAUGGAAAUUCCUUCAGAAUCCGACAGAGACCCUGCAAUUCCAACAACUGUCCAUGAUAUAUAUGACAUCAAAACUCAAGAACCAGAUAAUCAUCGGAAUACAUCGAAUAGCAGGAACAUUUCAAGACAUUGUCGACAAAAUGGUAGUAUGCGAUUAUGGCAGUUUCUCCGUGGUCUGUUGUUAAACCCGGCGUUUAAUCCUUCUCAUAUUAUGUGGAUCAACCGAAGCGCAGGCGAAUUUAAAAUUGUGAAGAAUAAGGAAAUAGCACAGAUGUGGGGAGAUGAAAAGAAUAAUUCUGGCAUGACUUAUGAAAAGAUGAGUCGUGCAAUGAGAUAUUAUUACAAACAUGAAAUCCUAGAGCCCGUUUUAAACAGAAGACUUGUAUACAAGUUUGGACCAAUGUCUCAUGGGUGGUGAAUAUUACUAGCAUCAAAGAUGGACCAGUGUCUCAUGUUUUAUGACCAUUAUCGUGAUUAAGAUUAGAUCAUUACUUUUUAAAAGUUGAGCAAUACAACUAUUUACAAAAUAAAAAAAAAAAGACAUCUAGAUUUUUUUCUAUAGAAUGUGAAAAAAAUAAUGUUUUAAUAAUUAAAUAAAAAAAGAGACAUUAGAAAUAACUGAAGCAUUUCAAAUUUCAAAACAAUCCACAAGAAGCUUUUUGAAUUAUUUAAAAAAAGAAACACGAGUUAGAAACAUCCUUUAUAAAUCGCCUUUUAAAAUUUAACAAAUUCUGGUUGAAAUUGUUUAAAGCGUGAUUAAGACAUUCUGAUUGGCUAAAAACGUUCUAAACAAUGGAAAUUCAACCAAUGACCGGACGUUAUUUUAAUUUUAGGGUAAAAACAAUGUAAUUAUCCAUUGUCUUAUAGAUUCUGAAACGGUGAAUUAAAAUUUCAAAAUCCAGAAUUGUGUUCAUUUACAAUUAGUUUAUGGUUAUUCUUACGCAUUAAAAUAUUAAACGCAUUCGUAAUAAAAUGUGUUCAUGGUCAUCAUAACUUCAAAAUAAACUUGUAUAUAUAUAUAUCGAUAUAGUUAUUUGUUUUUAUCAAAUUGUAUAACAUUUUAAUGUAUGUAAAAUUGAACUAUAUUUCAUGAUGUUACGUUAUGACAUAAUAUUUUGCAGCUUUCAACAAAAUUGUUGUUUUUUUACAUUUGUUAUAAAGUGUAUAUAUGUAUAUAGUUGUUAACUUUAAGUAACUUGUUGUUAAUGCUUUUGAUAAAAAUGAAUUAAAACUUCUAAAACAUAAUAAGAAGAAACGAAA